AUGACUCGAGUGAGAAGACUUGGCUUUUGCGGAUUUUCGCUUAUUUUGGUCCUUUGCACUGUUGCGCUCGUUUUGGUCAACUAUGCUGAUGUUGCUGAGAAAGAAAAUAGAGAAAUUUCAGACAAACUUCUGCGCUUACAAGAAUCCCGUGCAAUACGCUGGGAUCGGAUUCGCAAGAUUGGACAAAUCAAAAAGAAACUCGCAGCUAAGUUGGAGAAGAGUCGCCGAAUUCCCGGAAAACCGCAUCCUUACUAUGGGCGAUUCCCAUUGUUGCACGGUGAUGCGCAAGUGUUGUGCCCGAAAGAUGCGCCCAUUCUUUUCGUUGUUCAUUCGGCCUCUUUCAACAUCGAUAGACGACAGACAAUUCGUGAAACAUGGGCGCAUAAGAAAUGGCAAGAAAAGUUUGGAUUUCGAGUGUUUUUUGUCGUCGGCACAAGCGAUUACAAGGAUGAGAAUGAUAUGAUCAAUGAAGAAGCAGUCUUUAAUCGUGAUAUUUUGCAAUACGACUUCACGGAUCAUUAUCGAAACCUUACCAUCAAAUAUCUUUCAUGGAUGCGCUUUGUACGCGAAGAAUGUCCGAAUGUUGAACUUAUUCUUAAACUUGACGAUGAUGCUCUACCAAAUAUUUUCUGGUUUUUCCAGGAUUUUAAACCCAACAAAAUUGACAUGAGCAAUCGUUUACUUUGUGGAAAACUUCAAGUGGAUCAGUUAGCUUGUCGCUGGGAAGAGUCUCCAUGGUAUGUGGCCAACGAGGCGUACACUGGAGGCAAAGCUUGGCCCCCUUUCUGCACUGGAUUAGCCGUUUUACAAUCGUUUGCCACAUUGCCUAAACUCAUCGAUGGGGCUGAGAAGAGGGAAUACUACCUUUCGAAUGAUGACGUGUUGUUCACAGGACUUAUACCCAAGGAAGUUGGCAUCGAAAUUGAGCAAGGAAAAAAUUUCACUUGCAAUUCGGAGCCGGUGGAGGAAAGUGAACGAAAGCUGCUGCAAGAAAGAGUGAUGAUCGGAAUGUUGAACAAUAUGGCUGCAAUGAGACGAACGUUUGACGAAUUGCAACACACAUUGCCGCAACGUGAAGAACCUAGAGGCGUGAGAAUUGUUAAUCCCGAUGAACUGAUUAAAGACAAACUUCUGCGCUUACAAGAAUCCCGUGCAAUACGCUGGAAUCGGAUUCGCAAGGUUCUCGGAAUUCCCGGAAAACCGCAUCCAUACUAUGGGCGAUUCCCAUUGUUGCACGGUGAUGCGCAAGGGUUAUGUCCGAAAGAUGCGCCCAUUCUUUUCGUUGUUCAUUCGGCCUCUUCCAACAUCGAUAGACGGCAGACAAUUCGUGAAACAUGGGCACAUAAGAAAUGGCAAGAAAAGUUUGGAUUUCGAGCGUUUUUUGUCGUCGGCACAAGCGAUUACAAGGACGAAAAUGAUAUGAUCAAUGAAGAAGCAGUCUUUAAUCGUGAUAUUUUGCAAUACGACUUCACGGAUCAUUAUCGAAAACUUACCAUCAAAUAUCUUUCAUGGAUGCGCUUUGUACGCGAAGAAUGUCCGAAUGUUGAACUUAUUCUCAAACUUGACGUGGAUCAGUUAGCUUGUCGUUGGGAAGAGUCUCCAUGGUAUGUGGCCAACGAGGCGUACACUGGAGGCAAAGCUUGGCCUCCUUUCUGCACUGGAUUAGCCGUUUUACAAUCGUUUGCCACAUUGCCUAAACUCAUCGAUGGGGCUGAGAAGAGGGAAUACUACCUUUCGAAUGAUGACGUGUUGUUCACAGGACUUAUACCCAAGGAAGUUGGCAUCGAAAUUGAGCAAGGAAAAAAUUUCACUUGCAAUUCGGAGCCGGUGGAGGAAAGUGAACGAAAGCUGCUGCAAGAAAGAGUGAUGAUCGGAAUGUUGAACAAUAUGGCCGCAAUGAGACGAACGUUUGACGAAUUGCAACGUUUCAAUGGAUUCAUCGUGGAUAAAGCAGACAGUUUCCCGCGUUACUACGACAGAACGUAU